AUGGCUACGCCCGUCGUUAAGACUGUAACCACUUGGGAAACUGUCACCGGAUCUCCAGUUACCACGGCUGUUACCAAAACCGCGACGCCAGAUUCCAGUGGAAAUGCUAUUAGCCUUUCCUGGAAUUGUCUAACAUCGACGCCAUUAUCGUUCUCUAUCUCCUCGGCUUCAUCGUCAUCGACGGGGACAAGUACGUCCGAAUCUACUGCUGCAUCGACCGCCUCAGAGAGUUCUUCUGUGUCAACUGGGGGUGCACCUGACGUCACCGGAGGCCUUGCUAUGAGCCUCGCUGGUGCUGCUGGAGCUCUCGGCUUUGCUCUUGCUCUAUCAUAUUGCGAUGUAGCAUACCAACCAGGUACACUUAUCCGGGAAAAGAAUCAAUGGCAUCAGCUUAAUCAUGAGUCAUGCAAUCAAAUCCAACACCGAGCAAAGACAUACUUGCGGGCGAGACCGCUCAACCGUCUCGGGGCGAGGCUGAGCUACGCCAAACAAUUAUAA